CACUAUCUUAAUCAACCACAGAAGAAGAGCAGGGCAUAUGAUGCGCACCCUCUGCCAAUAUGAAGGCACACGGGGCAGUUUCUGCUUUUGAUUUUAAAGAAUAAGCCUUGUUUUUUCUACAAGUGCUGAAUCCACUAACCGGACUAAAGUAGAUGCGACUCCGAAUCAGUAUCUUGGUCCUGCAGAAUGUCCAAGAUCAGGCGGAAAGUAACAGUGGAGAAUUCAAAAACCAUAUCUGACAGUAGCAGCAGCAGCAGCACCACGACCAGCAGCACCAGCAACCCCGCCGCCCCCUCCCGCCGGCCCAGUGUGUUCGAAAGACUCGGCCCCAGCACUGGGAGUAAUGCUGCUGAUAGUCAUUGUAGAAAUUGGCUGAAAACCGGUAAUUGCAGUUACGGCAACACUUGUCGCUACACACAUGGAACUCAGCCAAGAGGCAAAGGAUUUAGCUUUAGUCGGUCAGCCGAGAGACCCACAGGUGAUCUUCGGGAGAGGAUGAAGAACAAAAGACAGGAUGCUGACCCAGAAAACCUGAAGCGAGACCUAGACGAACCCACAUCCCCCACAGCGAGACAGAGAGAUUCCUCCAGAGGCCGACGCAGGGAAAAGGAGGAUAUAAAGAUCACAAAGGAGCGCACCCCAGCCAGUGAAGAAGAGCCCACAGAGUGGGAAACCAACCGUGAAGACUCAGAUAUCGGUGACUACGACUACGAGUUAUCCCUUGAGAUGAAGCGCCAGAAGAUUCAACGUGAGCUGAUGAAACUGGAGCAGGAGAACAUGGAAAAGAGGGAGGAAAUAGUCAUCAAGAAAGAAGAAGCCCCCGCCAAAACAAGAGCCACUGCCCUGCCGAAGGCUUCCCCAGACCAGUUAAGCAUAAAAGAUUCACCCUCAUCCAGGAAGUCCAGUGGAUCCCCAAAACACAAAAGUGGAACUAAAGGCCCAGGCUCCGGAAAGAAAGAGAAGAAGGCAUCUGUGGCCUCACCUGUCUCAGAAACUGCCAGGUCUUCAAAAGGGAGCCACAGCAAGAAAAAGGGGCCCCGCACUCCCAGUCCUCCUCCCCCGGUCCCUCUGGACAUUCCUGUGAUGGGGAAGAAACACAAAGGCAAGCACAAAAACAAGGAGAAGUCUGAGGAGAAGCAGAAGGACGGGAAAGAUCGGGGACGAGAUACCGAGAAACACAAAGAGAAGAAGGAAAAACGCAGGGACCGAUCAGACAGUUCCCACAAGGCCAAGCGGUCAGUGACAUCAGAGGAGCGUUCCGGUAGCGUGUCAUCACCUUCUAGGGGCGCUUCACCUGUGGCCAGGAAGAAAUCCAUCUCUCCCAAAGCCUCAUCCCAUAAGACGUCUGCACUGGUCUCCCCUCCCCGCAGGUCUCCGUCUCCUCCACGCCGCCAGCGCUCCCUGACUCCCCCCCGCCACCGCUCCCCUUCAUCCCACUCAGGUUCCUCCGCCCACCGGCACUCUCCAUCUCCCCGUCGCCGUCGCUCGUCCUCUCCGGCCUACCACCGGAGCACGGCGGCACCGGCCUCCGCCUCCUCCCCUCCGAGCUCUCGGCGCUCCCGAUCGCCUCCCACCUCCCAUGACGUCUCGUCGCCCCACCGCCGAUCAGACAGGUCCAGCCCCAGCCGGCGACACUCCAGGGGCCGCGAGAGGAGCCGUGGCGAAAGAGAAAGAAGUCCACCCACACAGGAGCGCAGACACGAGCGCAGAGACGACAGCCGCAGCAAGCGAGAGAAGGACAGCAUCCGCGAUGACCGGGACUACGACUCCGAGCAGGUGUCAUCUCGCGACGCUCGUGAUGACAGGGAGGCCAGAGAGGCCCGCGAGCGACGGGACGCCCGCGAUCGUGGGAGGGAAAUGACCCGAGACUCUCGCGACCACCGAGACAGCAGGGACGUGAAGGACUCCAGAGAGAGCAGGACGGAAACCCGCUCCAGUCGAGAGUCACUGGAGAUCCGUGAGCGGGACCGAGACAGGGACCGGGAGAAGGACAGAGAGCGUGAAAAGGAGAGAGACAGGGAGAGGACUGAUGCCCACAGGAAGGAGGAGCAGGCUCAGGAGGACAGGAGUUAUGGGAGAGGUCAUGGACGCGAAGAUGGAGGCAGGGUGGAAGGAAGGACGGAGAACAGGACGGAUAGAGCAGAGAGGAACGGGCGAGGGAGAGGGCGCGCGAAUGAAACAUCUGAUAAAGGCUCAAACAGAAACUCCCGAGGCUCGCAGCUGGAAAGCAGUCACGACAGCUGGGAGUCGCGGAGCAGCACGGCACGCGAACGGAGCGCGGAGAGAAGCAACGAUCGCAGUGCUACCGAAAGGAGCUCCGAGAGGGGUUCCGACCGAGACCGCUACGAGGGUGACAGGAGAGGAGAGCCCUCCCGGGACUCCUCCUACGAUAGGAGAGGAGGACAUGGAGACAGGGAUCGCAGAGACAACAGAGAGAGAGCCUCCCCAAAUAGACACCAGGGGAGAUCGGAGGAGAGGGAGGAAAGGAGGGAGGAUCGCAGGACAGACCGAGUGGAAGAGAGACGAGAGGACAGGACGCGGGAACGAGACAGGGACAGGGAGAGGGAAAGGGAGCGGGAGAAGGAGAAGGACAGGGAACGAGAGAGGGAGAGGGAAAAGGAGCGGGAGAAAGAGAGGGAGGCCGAGAGGGAGCGGGCCAGAGAGAGGGAACGGGAGAGAGAGAGGGAACGGGAGAGGGAGAGAGAGAGGGAGGAGCGCGAGCGAGAGAGGGAGGAACGAGAGAGGGAGAGGAAGGAGCGGGAGAGGGAGAGGGAGCGAGAGAGGGAGCAGCGCGAGCGAGAGAGGCAACGGGAGUGGGAGGAGCGAGAGAGGGGGAGAGAGGAAAGGCGGGAGAGGAGAGAGGACACCAGGGACGAGAGGCCCAUUCGAGACACCCGGGAUGACCGCAAGAUGAGCCGUAAGAGGACCAGGGUGGAGAGCAGCCCGAGCCCCCGACCCUCGCCUAAGCGAGCAACACGGGACCUCAGUCCGGCAGACAGCGACGGCUACAACAGUGGAGAAGACAAAAGUAGUGACAAGCAUCGUCUGCUGAGCCAGGUGGUGCGACCCCAGGAGCCCUUGCUGCGUUCCCCACCUAGGGCUGCUCCACCCGAUGACAAGUCCAGUCACUGGAAGGACGAGGAGCGCAGAGGCGUCUUGGACAAGAGGGAAGCACGCAACCGCCUGGAGGAUGUGGAACCUCGUGCAGAAAGGAGCAGUCGAGGAGGCGACAGGCGAGGAGAGCACCUCACAGACGCCGUGACUGACUCCCGUAGCAGAGGAAGAGACCAGCGAGACUCCACGCCGCCACCGCCUCCUUCACUCCUUGCCGCCGCCAGUGAUGACAGAGACACCGCCUGCUCCCAGUCUCACGAGGAAAGCAAAAAGAAGACAAAGUCGCAGAGGAAGGGCUUGAAGAAGGGUCGCAAAGAAGAGGAGACUGGCGGUGGCAACAGCCUGGCUGGUGCAGGAGAUCGUUUCAACCCAGAGCCUCCUACUGGCGGUGCUACAGAUGGACCUCCGCCCUUGUACUCACCCAGGAAAGGAGCCAAGAAGAAGGCUCUUGACCGAAAGAGGAAACGAUCACGAGGUGGCGAAUCGGACGUGUCUGAUGAGGAUUCAUCAGCCCAUCAGCCGCAUGGUAAGAGGAAGAGAGGUCCCCGGACGCCGCCGCCCUCCAUGAGGCCUGAUCGCCGUGGUACUGGAGGAAACGCAGAGCGGUCUCCGCUGUCCAAAGUGGACAACUUCAGUGACUGGUCAGACGAGGAGGUCACAGACCAUGGAGGAGGACCACUGGAAACGCAAGCUCCACUGAUUCCCGUCGAGAGGACUCCUGCUGAACCUCUUAGGAGAGGUGGUCCCAGGGGGGGCAGAGACCGGGAGAGGUGCAAUCCCCCUCCCAUCGCGCCUCUAAUUCCUCAGGAGCCUCCAAUGCUGUUGCAGACCCUGACUCCUCAGCCCCUCAUGUCCCAGCCGCUGCUCCGUAAACCUCCCCCGGAGCAGACGCGCAGCAGCAGCAUGGGAAGCAACCAGAGCCGCACGUCAUCCAGACGCAUGCGAUCACCGUCCAAUGAGUCUGCGCACAGAGAUGAUCCUCAAGGGCCGCGAUCCCGCCGGGGUAGGCUGCAGGGCACCAACUCUCGUGACCGGGACCGUGAGCGAGAAAGAGAGCGGGAGCGGGAAAGAGAAAGAGAACGGGAGAGAGACAGGCAGGUUGUGAAUGAUCCUCCAGGGGCCGAGAGGAAGUCUCGAAUUGACCAGCUGAGGAGGGGAGAGCCCAGCCGCAGCACCUCCUCAGACCGGCAGGAUUCCCGCAGCCACAGCUCCAGACGCAGUUCUCCUGACUCUGAGAGGCAGACCAGGUCCCGCGCUGGCUCCUACGACAGCCGAGAACGGGAAAGAGACAGGGAGCCGUUUGAGCGGGAGCGGGACAGAGACCGAAAGGACCUCCGGCCUCAGCAGCAGCAGCAGCAGCAGCAGCAGCAGCAGCAGCAGCAACAUCAACAACAACAGCAACAGCAGCAGCCCCUGCUCCUCCAGCAGCCCCUACAACAGCAGAGAGACUGGGAACCCGAACCCAGGGACUGGCCCAGCAGGGGGCGGGAGCCUCUGCUGAUGCGCCCAGGUCGCGAGCCUCUCCUGAGGGAGCGGGACAUCAGGGACAGAGAACGCUUACUCCCCGAAGGACUCAUCCAGCAGCAUGAACGGGAGAGGGACAUCAGAGGCCUCGACCGAGAGAGGGAGAGGCUGAUGAUGAUGGACCUACCGCCCCACGGCGACCCCAGGGCUCCAGGACGAGGGGACCUGAGGGGCGAGAUGAGAGGAGACCUGCGAGGGGACAUGAUGAGACAGGACAGGAGCGACUAUGAGCCUCUGCUGCCGAGAGAAGCGUUCAGCCCUCUAGAGCCAGAGAAGCCGAGCAACAGUCACCAUCUAAUGGAAGAGCAAAGGGAGCUGGAGAAGACGGACAGCAUUGAUGGAGACGACGAUGGCAAAGAGGAUGAUGGGCAGUCGGUCGCGUCUGUUGGAGAGGAGUAUGAACCAAUCAGUGAUGAUGAGCUGGAUGAAAUACUGGCUGACAGCCAGAAAAAAGAGGAUCAGCAGGACGAUGAGAAAAUUACAGGUCCUCUGGAUGUGAUUGAUGUGGACUGGUCAAGCCUGAUGCCCAAACAGAAACAGGAACCCCGGGCAGCAGGGGCAGCGUUGCUCCGCUUCACCCCGGGUGCUGUGCUUCUCAGGGCGGGCAUCUCCAAACGACUUGCUGGCCCUGAGCUCCUGGAGCAAGUCAGGGAGGUGUGCAAGUCUGAGCUGGACGACCCCAAAGAUGCUGACAAGCUGUUUGAGCAUGACCUGGGGGCCCUGAACAUGGCAGCCCUGAACAGGCGGACGGAGAGGGCAGGUUUGCUGAGCAACCUCGGGCCCUGCUGCAAGGCCCUGUGUGCCCGCAGGGACUUCGCCAUCCGCCGGCAGCUGCUUAAAAAUGACAAGGGCCUAACCAAGCAGUACCCAACUACGCCUGUGGUAGACAACGAGCUGCUGCAGAUGAGCAUGCGUCUCUUCAGAAGGACCGUGGCUGGCCAGGCCUCGGUCCAGGAAAGGCCUGACGGCGGGUCGGCGCCCGCAGCCGAGGUUGCAGCGGCCGGUAGCAGCAGUAAGCUCAGCACAGCACAGCCGGAGGUGUGCGUGUCUUGAAAGAAAUGGGCUUAUUGGGUCAGACACGUGAGCCUUUAGUUCUUCUUGCCUCUGACUCUCCCAUUUCCUUACGUACUUAGCCUUUUUUAGUCAUGAGAGGUAAUAAACAGCAACAUUGUGAAUCCUACACACUUACGCUUUACAUGUUUUGGAUGAUCUGCAAGUGCUGUGCCAUAGACUACUGGACAUUCUGGCCUGUGGAGGUGUGUAAUGAACCAUGUACGAGAAACAGAAAACUCACAGAAAAUGACUUCAUGUUUUUUUGGGGGUUUUUUUGUUUAGUUUUUUUUUGUGCAUUGCAGUGUUUUAAAUCAGCUUUUUAAUUGUCCGUUUCACCUGCCUAACCAAGUUCAAAUGACUGUUUUGUUUUCAUAAUAUUGUGCAUUUGGUUACUACAACUGUGCAUUAAAAUGGUUAGAUGUUGAUUUUUGUAACUGGUCUUCUGCUUUGUAUGAAGUGGCUGUUAAGCCUUCAAAUAAUGUGACACUUGAUGUUCUUACUAUUUUGUUUACACCAUAUUUGAAAACAUCUGCAGAGAAGAGUUGUAGUAUUUGCUGCAGUGUUAACUGACCGACAAAGCUGAAACAUCCUGCAGGGACUUGAAUGUUUCUCAUGAAUAAGCACUGCCAAACUAUUCCUUGAUUGAAUGUAAUUAGUUCUGUCAGUCUUUGGAAACAUUUUUGCUUUUUGCUUGGUGUAUUUACUUUGAAUGGUUUGGCAAUGUCUACCUGAAAUGAACUGAAGUGAAUGCAAUGCAGAGCAUACUAUAGACUGCAGAUAACCAGGUCUCCAACACUGCCGUGUGGAAUUCCCGUCUUUAAUGUGCACCAGCCUACACCAUCCAAAAAAGGAGCCAAAAUGUUCCUUCUAGGAAAAGACACGAGACUGCUUAGAUUAAAAAUGACUGAAAAGAUAAUUAAUUCCAACUUCAUAUGAUGUUUCUGCAUUCCAGUGAUUGACCAUCCAGAGACACACACACACACA